AUGUCACGCCGGGCCCUCCGGAGGCUGCGGGGGGAGCAGCGCGGGCAGGAGCCCCUCGGGCCUGGCGCCCUUCAGUUUGGCUUCCGUGACGACGAUGACGCGGAAGAAGAAGGACCAAAGCCGGGGCCAGGCGGCCCGCGCCCCCGGAGCCCAGGGAAGGAGGGAGUCCGCGUCAACAACCGCUUCGAGCUGAUUAACAUUGAGGACCUUGAGGAGGGGCCUGUGGUGAACGGGGAGAAGUCUGAUGGUCUGCGCACAGAAGCUGUGGUGUCGGGGAGCAAAAGGAAGUCCCAGAGUGGAAGUGCCGAGCCCAGGAAGGAUGGAGAGGUGGAUGACAGGACAGGGCCCCUGGAGCAGUCGAAUGUGAGUGGCAAACUCCGAAAGAAGAAAAAGAAACAGAAAAAUAAGAAAAGUUCUGCAGGAGAAACUUCGGAAAAUGGGCUGGAAGAUAUUGAUCGCAUCUUGGAGAGGAUUGAGGACAGCAGUGGCUCUCUCCACCCCAGCCCCCCUCUCCUAAGCUCGAGGAAGCACGUCCUGUAUGUGGAGCACAGACACUUAAAUCCAGACACAGAACUGAAAAGGUAUUUCGGUGCCCGAGCUGUCCUAGGGGAACAAAGGCCGAGGCAGAGGCAGCGUGUGUACCCCAAGUGUACGUGGCUGACGACCCCCAAGAAUACUUGGCCCCGGUACGCCAAGCCAGGCUUGUCGAUGCGGCUGCUGGAGUCCAAGAAGGGCCUGUCCUUCUUUGCGUUCGAGCACAGCGAGGAGUACCAGCAGACGCAGCACAAGUUCCUGGCCGCCGUGGAGUCGAUGGAGCCCAACAACAUUGUGGUUCUCCUGCAGACGAGCCCAUAUCACGUGGACUCACUGCUGCAGCUCAGCGACGCCUGCCGCUUCCAGGACGAUCAGGAGAUGGCGCGAGACCUCGUAGAGAGAGCGCUGUACAGCAUGGAGUGUGCCUUCCACCCCCUGUUCAGCCUCACCAGUGGGACCUGCCGGCUGGAUUACCGCAGACCCGAGAACAGGAGCUUCUACCUGGCCCUCUACAAGCAGAUGAGCUUCCUGGAGAAGCGGGGCUGCCCGCGCACGGCGCUGGAGUACUGCAAGCUCAUCCUGAGCCUGGAGCCCGACGAGGACCCCCUGUGCAUGCUGCUGCUGGUGGACCACCUGGCCCUGCGGGCACGCAACUACGAGUACCUGAUCCACCUGUUCCAGGAGUGGGAGGCUCACCGGAACCUGUCCCAGCUCCCAAACUUUGCCUUCUCCGUGCCGCUGGCGUACUUCCUGCUGAGCCAGCAGGCAGACCUCCCAGAAGAGGAGCUCAGCUCGGCGAGGGAAAAGGCCUCUCUCUUGGUGCGACAGGCCCUCAUCAUGUUCCCUGGAGUUCUAAUGCCCUUGCUCGAGUGCUGCAGCGUUCGGCCGGACGCCGCCGUCGCCUGUCACCCCUUCUUUGGACCCAGUUCCGAAAUAAGCCAGCCCCCUGCGCUGAGCCAGCUGGUGAGCCUGUACCUCGGGCGGUCCCACUUCCUGUGGAAGGAGCCCAGCAUCAUGAGCUGGCUGGAGGAGAACGUCCGUGAGGUCCUCCAGGCCGUGGACGCAGGGGACCCCGCCGUGGCAGAGUGCGAGAGCAGGCGGAAGGUGCUCUACCAGCGAGCGCCCAGAAACAUCCACCGUCACGUGGUCCUGUCUGAGAUCAAAGAAGCUGUUGCUGCACUGCCCCCGGAAGUGACCACGCAGUCCGUGAUGGGCUUUGACCCUCUGCCUCCUUCAGACACCAUCUACUCCUACACCAGGCCAGAGAGGCUGAGCCCCGUCAGCCAUGGAAACACGAUCGCCCUCUUCUUUCGGUCACUACUGCCCAGUUACAGCAUGGAGGGAGAGAGGCAAGAGGACGGAGGGGCUGAGGGACUGGACCACAACCAGGGCUUGAACAGGCUGAUGCUGGCCGUGCGAGACAUGAUGGCCACUUUCCACUUCCACGACCCGGAGGCUCCGCACGAGGACCAUGCCGAGGGGGACGGGGAGUGGGACUGA